AUGGCCCUUGUUCGCCACCCCGCGGAGCUGAGGCCCAAGUUCCACCCCAACACCAAGUUCCUCGUCGCCAUCGGCGGAUGGGGCGACUCCAAGGGAUUCGAUACGGCCGCGCGGGACGAAGAAUCGAGAGACGCAUGGGCACGCAACGUUGCUAGGAUGGUGGACGAUCUCGGAGCGGACGGUGUCGACGUGGACUGGGAGUAUCCAGGCGGCAACGGCGAAGACUACAAACAAAUCCCCAACUCCCAAAAAACCUGGGAAAUCCCCGCCUACCCCCUCCUCCUCCGCGCCCUCCGCACCCACCUCGCGGCCCCCAAGCUCCUCACCGCCGCCGUGCCGGGUCUCGAGCGCGACAUGCUCGCCUUCACCCCCGCCACCCUCCCCGACAUCCUCGCCUCCCUCGACUUCCUCAACGUCAUGACCUACGACUUGUUCAACCGCCGCGACACCGCCACCGCCCACCACACGGGCCUGCGCGCCUCCCGCCAUGCCCUCGAGGCGUAUAUCCGCCGCGGCGCCCACCCCGGUCGCCUCAACCUCGGCUUCGCCUUUUACGUGCGCUGGGCUCUCACCGCCCCGGGCGUCAACUGCUCCGUUUACGACAACAACAACAACGGCAUCGGCUGCCCCACCGGCCUCCUCGAAGAUCCCGACACCGGCACGGACCUCGGUCGCGCCGGCGCUUUUUCCUACCACGACCCCGUCCCCGCGGAGCUGCGCAAAUCGUACGGCCGGGCCCUCGCCCAGGGCCGCUACGACGGCGAUGGGUUCUCGUACUGGGAUGCGCAAGAGGGCCGCUUCUGGUCGUUCGAUACCCCCGAGGCGAUCCGGCCCAAGUUUGACGUGCUCGUUCGGGACAUGCACCUCGGAGGCGUGUUUGCGUGGGGGUUGGGAGAGGACGCGGAUGAGUUUGAGCACUUCAAGGUGGUGCACAAGGAGGUGGGGAUGCUGUGUAGGGAGAGCGAGGGGAAGAGCGAGUUGUGA